AUGCCCAUCGCUGUUCCCCCUACACCCACCUCCCCCACCUCUCCUACCUCCCCCACCUCUCCUACCUCCCCCACCUCACGUCAAUGCGCAGGCUUCAUUCUCGCCUCUCAGCACCCCUCAUGCCCCAACGGCGCGCACCUCGACCCCUACGCCAUCCUCCCUUGCCCUAUCGAGGCGUCCGUGCCCCCGUGCCCAGGCGGAGACUGCUGGGCCGGCACCACGUCCCUGAAGAAGGGCGGCGUGCGCGAGGCUAGUCGAGGUGGAGGGGGAAAGAAGGUGGGGUGCGGAAAGGGGAGAUGGUGUGAGCAGCACUGGUGUGGGCAGUGCAAGAAGGCCAGGGAUUGUGAGGAGGGGGUGCAGGAGUUCAUGGGGUUGAGUCAUGGGGUUGCAGGGCCCCAGCAGGGGCAGAAGGCAGGAGAGGAGCAGGAGGUGGAGUUGAAGGAGAGGUUCCGGGAGAUCGCAGCGUGA